AUGUACAUCUACCGACAUUGCUUCGCUUACCAGUUCCAUGAUGCGGUUCAACAAGUCACUGCUGAUUCACAAGCAAUUGCCGAUUGGGCACGGUCUCAUGGAUUGAUGAUUAAUUUGUCUAAAACUACGGCGAUGAUUUUGGGAUCUAGUAGUAAAUUGAAACAAUUACAAUCCCUGGAUGUUCCUCCUAUUCAAAUUGACAACUCACAAAUUCCUUACGUGAAUUCUACAAAGUGCUUAGGGUUCAUAAUUGAUCAAAAUUUAUCCUGGAAUAGUCACAUCUUACAGACUACCAGGAAAGUUAAUUUUGCUCUUCAUAGUCUUAAGGUCCGAAAAAAUAUUUAUACUACUGAGAUAAGAAAACUCCUGGUAACAGCUACUAUCCUACCUCUAAUUGAUUACUGCUCUAUUGUUCUUAUUGAUUCGACUUCAGAGAAUAAUCUGAAGCUACAGCGAGCUGUCAACUCUUCAAUUAAAUUUAUCUUCAAUCUCAAAAAAUAUGACCAUAUUAGUCCUUACCGUCAAGAACUGGGAUGA